CACGUGAGAGGAGGAAUAUGUAGCGCCGCAAAGCUUCACUAACACAUAAACACAGAGUCUUAUCGGUAGAUCCCUCACUAGCCGUCCGUUCUGUUGCCACGUCAUCGAUCCGUGAGAUUUCGUGUUAGACGGCUGAGAUCAUGGUUGCAGAGCUACUGGAAACGCUCGGAGAAAUUCCUAAGAUGAAGAUCAUGGAUGAAGAAAAGGAGCUCGAGAAAGAGAAGGAAAUUAGGGUUUUGAAUGGCAAAAUCCAUGAUAGCAGUGGCGAAGAUGUUGUCGACGACGACGACGAUGACAGUGAGGAUGAAGAUGAUGAUACGGUCGGAAUAAAGGACGAUACGGUAGGACAGGAGCAGGAGGAUGGAGAUGAUGGCGAUGAGGAUGAGGAAGAUGAUGAUGAAGACGGUGAAAAUGGUGACGAUGACGAUGAUGUUGAGGAGAUUCCUCGCUCUGCUGCUGCUCCCCAAGUUUACUCCGUAGAUGACGAGGAUGACGAUGAAGAUGAAGACGAUGAGGACGACGAUGACGAUGACGACGAUGAUGAUGACGAUGAUGAUAACAGUGAGGAAAACGAUGAUGAAGACGAGGAAGGCGAAGGGGAAGAGGAGGAUAUGGGAACAGAUUAUCUUGUAAGACCUAUUGGUCCUGCUGAAGUUGAGGAAGAUGCUAGUGAUUUUGAGCCAGUUGAAGAGAAUGGAGAGGAAGAAGAUUUUGAUGAAGAUGACGAGGACAAUGAUGAUGACGCUAGUGGAAAGGAUGAAGUCUCAACCAAGAGGAAGAGAUCAAGUAAAGAUGAUUCUGACGAUGAUGGUAGUGAUGAGGAUGAUGAGAGACCCUCCAAGCGAUAGGGUGGGGGAUCUUUGGGUUGAAGACUGACAAUGACACUAGGUCAGAGUCUCUCCUUUCACCCUACCUCACUCUCUUUGUAGGAA